AUGGCAGCAAUCGGUACAGACGACGCUGCCACCGUUCUUGAUCAAUUUUGCCACGAUGUCGCAAACUUGCCUGCCGAGAUAGCACAUUUACUGGAAGAGAUCCAGGCCAAAGACCAACACAUCCAAGAACUGCGGGAAGUCAUCAACACACGCGACAAGUCUAUCCAAAAUUUUGUCAGAGCCCAAGGCGGUCAUGUCAAAAAUCCCAAGGAAGAAGGUCUCACCAAAGUCAUCAUGGCAAACUUUGAUCGCAUCGAAAUUCUGCAAGCUGAGAAGCUAGGCCUAAGUGAGAAGGCUAUGAGACUGCUUGAUCGCAAUGUCAGAAAAUUUGAUGUCAAGUUACGCGAUCUCGUCAACAGUGAACAGAUGCCUCCGGAUCCGACAUUGCCAUCUCUGUUGCAGCCUGACGCUGGGAGCCUUGCUACCACAAGCACUCCUUCUGCCGCUGCUGCCAUCAAUUCGGCUCAGUCUGGUGGCGCGCCUAAUGUUGCCAAUGCUGCCAUUGCCCGCUUGCAUGCUGUCAACCAACGAACAUCAUCGCCAUUAAAUGCUCAAAAUGCUUUACUCAAUCAAGCUCAUUUGAACAGCCCCUCGGCAAGAUCACAACGAGAAAGCAGUGCUGAUGCUUCCAAACGCCGUCGCUUGAACUCUUCUAUGUCCGGCAACGUUCCUACCACUGCUUCGAACCUCAGACAGUCAUCACUUGGUCCAUCUUCUGGGACUCCCAAAGCCGGCACUCCCAUUCCAAGUUCUAGUCGUGCUGGAUCUGCUCAACCUAACAAGAAAGCACCUCACAACAAGAAAAUCGCGCCACACCAAGCAUCUGCCCCCGGUUCUAACAGAAAGCGCAUUCGGUCUGGCAACGCAGCUCUGAAGAAAGGAGAUCGCAAGCCAGCAUCUGCAGCAUCUGAUGAGGAAGGAGAAGACGCCGAACCUGAUGCUGAAGGAGAAGAGGACGACACCCAGGUCUAUUGUGUCUGCCAACGCGUAUCAUUUGGUGACAUGGUAGCUUGCGACAACGACGACUGUCCACAUCAAUGGUUCCAUUGGGGUUGUGUCGACCUCAAAGCAGAACCAAAGGGCGAGUGGCUUUGUCCACAUUGCCGCGACCUUCCUCGCAGCAAAAUUGUCAAGACUUCAGACAAAUGA